AAAUGGUUGAAAUAAGGGAGGAAGAGGACUUGAAAGAGACAUGAUAAACCUGUCUAUAUUAAUGCAGCAAGUCCUAAAGCCAUCAUGUGGCAUGCUAUCCCUUUUGAGAGGUGAAUAAUAUUGAAUAAAAAUGACUGACAGAAGUGGGAAGAUGGUUCCAGGACAAGUGUAUAUUGGAGUGGAAUAUGAUUAUGAAUAUGAAGCCAAGGACCGAAAGAUUGUGAUGAAACAAGGGGAGCAGUACAUCUUGGUGAAAAAGACCAAUGAUGGCUGGUGGCAAGUUAAACUGGAUGAGAAUUCCAAAACCUUUUAUGUGCCAGCCCAGUAUGUCACGGAGGUCACCCUCAAAGCUCUAAUGCCACCUGUUAAAGCAGCUAGUUGGACUGCCAAAUAAUUCUUUGAAAAUGAUGCAGAGUCCACACCUUCAGAGAUCGACAGAAAAUGUGAACAAAUUGCCUGAGCUUUCAAGGUUUGGAAAGCCAUCAUCGUCUGUUCAAGGAACAGGUCUUAUUUGUGAUGCCAAUCAGAAUUUUGGACCCAAUUUUAAUCCAGCCAGAACAGGACAUGCUUAUUUGGUCACUUUCCUGGUCUGGAGUUCUUGGACAUUGAGAAAACUAGCUUUUCCCAGGAACAGUCUUGUGAUUCAGCAGGAGAAGGCUGGGAAAGAAUCCAUCAAGAUUCUGAAUCUGGAGAUGAGCUUCGCAGCAGCUCCACUGAACAGGACUGCUCUGCAUUAUGCCUGUGUCUAUGACCAGCCCAAAGUGGUGACACUCCUGAUAAAGAUGAAUUCUGAUGUCAACAUCUGUGACGAUGACAAGAGCACAGCACUCAUUAAGGCUGUACAAUUCCAGGCGGAGGAGUGUGCCAUGAUUUUGCUGCAGUCUGAUGCAGAUCCAAAUGUGAUGGACGCCAGUGGCAACACUGCCCUGCACUAUGCCGUCUACAGUAAGAACACGUGCACAGCAGCAAACCUGCUUAGGCACAAGGCGAUGAUUGAAGCAAAAAACAAGGACAGCCUCACGCCACUAUUACUUGCGCUGAAAGAAAACAAUCAGCAAAUGACAGAAUUUCUAGUGGACAUGGGAGCGAGCAUCCACACAAUGGAUCAUCAUGGAAGAACAUCACUGAUGCUCGCAGCAGGACACAAAAGCAAAGGAACAGUCAGGCUGCUGCUGCAAAAAGGAGUUGAUGUGUGUUUGAAAGAUCACUCUGGUAGGACUGCAUUGUCCUAUGCAGUCAAUUGCAGCGAUAACCUUAAAGAAAUAGCUGUUGCAUAUGAAGAAAAGCAACGUGAAAUGUUUCAAAAUAAAUACCCAGCAGAAGUACUUGCAGGAAAGACAUCAGAGGAAGAACAGGCAAGACUUGAUGUGUGUGAAGUUAACGAACUAAAGGAUAAACAACACUGCAGGGGACCUGAAAUAGAGAAAAUUGAAACCCCAGCGAUGUGUGAAGGUGGUGGUGCUGCUUCUGCCUCUAGUCAUGAUGAACUUCCAAAACCCAAUAAACAGCAGUUGGCUCUUGAGAAGGAACACCAUGAUCAGGCAAAAAUCGAGAUGGACAAUGAGAGGGACAUUGUCGAAGAGAUUCUGCGCAAUCAAAUUUUCUAUGAAAAGGAGUUGGAUGAUCUUAAUGAACAACUGCAAUAUUCCUGUUCACAACAUGCAUAUCUAAAUAUGGAAAAUGAAUUCCUGAGACAGGAGGUUCUGUCUCUGGAAGAAUUAAAAAUUUUGUAUGGAAAACUGGAGGAGGAGAAGAAGGAAUUAGAAGAAAAAAUAGUAACCUUUCAAUCGAGGGAAAAUGAUUCGGUGGAAAUUGAUCCAAGAGGACAGUAUGAAGCAGCAAGUGAAAGGACAGAGAGGGAGAAAACAUUGGAGGAAACGGUGCAGUCUUUACAGGCAAAGAUCUAUUUACACCAAUUACGAGAACAUCAUGACGUUUCCAUGAGGAGUCAGAUGAGGCUGAACAUCCAAGACAUGAAGGCCAGACUUUUUGACAUGAACAAUCAAGUUUACGCUUAUAAAAUAGAGCUGGAACAGUGCAAACAGCUCUAUUUAGAAGAAUUGGACAGGACAAUGUCAUUGUCUGAUGAACUUAGCAUGACGAAGGAAAGGCUAGCGGAAGUGAGUAAUGAGCUUGGAAGACAUCGUAAUGUUCAGGAAACAUCAAUGAUCCUACUGCACACCAGUCGUGUUGAAAUAACAGCAUGCAGAACUGUGGCUGCAAGCUCUAUCUCUCUUUCAAGUGAGCAGUAUUUUCAAGAAGAAACAUCAUAAAGCCAAGGAAGAAGAAAACCUUUCCGUAAGUCUCUGCAAUCAACCAUCCAUUUGCUGGGUUGUGGUGUGGUGUGGUAGGCAGUAAAGGACACUUUAUUCCCCCCACCCCACAUCAGAAGCCAAAAGGCAGAGGGAUAGAGACCAACCUACUAGCUGCACUGCUCAAACCUAAUACUUAAGAGGAAGACGGGCUUAGCCAUGAAGCCACAGUGGGCUUCCAGAUCCUCCAUCUCAGAUUGGACACUUAGUUUCCAGUGGAAGAAGCCACUACUUGACUGGUGUCCCAGAAACAGGAUGCUCCCUGCAGACAUGGGAGCAGAGCCACACAUUACCAUAGGCAGAUAUGUCUUUCAAAGAGAGAUGGAGAGGCAAGCCAGGGCAUUCAGUGUGAUCCAUCCAGCCACUAGGUAAAUCUCUCCUCUCAUGAAGAAGGUGGAGAGUCCAAGUCCUUACAUGGAAGCUUGAGGCUAGGGAAAUGAGUUUUCUGCUACCAUUUCUGCCUGGAUUUAAAUUAUAUUUGAAAUGAAGGCCUUGUCUGUAUAUAUCUGAACACAUGACUAGAAGUAUGGUAGAUGGUAAAGAGAAAUUUUUGUUUUCUGCUUUGAAUUUUGCUAUCAUUGAUUUUCACCACAUGGAUAAUUCCUUUGUGGAUUCAUUUUGGGAAACUAAGUCUUACCUUGAAUAAAUAAAGAAGUUGUUUAAAAAGAGAGCUUUCUCAUUUUAAGCUUGUGUGGUUCAACAGUAGGGGUUCAUCCUUCAACAGAUACCUUAAAGUAUCUGUGCUUGAUGAAUAGAGAAUAAAUGAUUGCUGCUACUAGAGUUCAUGGUAUUUAUUUGUAUUCCUUUAUUUUAUUCAAAAUACUAAAACAUUUUACAUUGGAGAGUUACCCUUUUAUAUCUCAUGACUGAACAUUUUGACCCUCAAGAAAAACUUUUACGUAUGCAUUAUCUUAGAACUAUGUCUAAAAAUCCUUUUUCUUUACUGAGUAUGACAUUAGUGACACCCUGGAACUCUAGGCCAGAGUCUACAGCCAUUUGGCUUUGUGUCCUGUCAAGCUAUCAUCUCUCUCCUUUGGCUCUCGUAUGUAAAGAGAUCUGAACAAAAUGCUUUUUUUACAGCCUAAUCAUUUUGGUGUUCUGUUUAGGUGCUGUAUUUCAAUUGUGGAGUCUCAUUUUAAGUGUUGAUUCUUUAAGAUUUAAUGCUUGUUUUUUUCUUUUUAUAGGUAAUAGUGAAAUCUACGAACCAAAACAAGAACUUGUAAAUCUGGGAUAUAAGUUUAAGAUCAUUUGCAGAAAACCGUCUGUUUUCUGGUGAUAUAAUGAACCUAUUGGAAAUUGACAUUUGUGGUAGCAUUUUAUUUGGCUUACUCUAAAGAUGCUUCUAGUAGGCCUUAGUAAGAUCAACUUUUCCAAAUGAGAAUAUUGUGUUCCCAAAUUCUAUUCUGAGUAUAUAUAAAUUUAAUAUCAUUAGGGAACUCCAGGGUGAGUUUAUCAAUUACCCAAGCUGCAUUUUGCUGAUAAAUAUGCAUGGGAUGCUUAAUUACUUGAAGAAAAGCAUAAAGUUAGGACUUGAAACAGCUCAUGAAAGUGGACAUUUGAAAACUUGUCACAGUGACACCAAUUUAAUUGCCCUUUUGUUUUUGCUUGUAGGAGAUAGUAAAGAAACCCACCUUGCAGGAUGACAUUGAAGAUUGGUCUUCUGAUUAUAUAAGAUGAUUGUUUUAUAAAAGACUUUCUAGUGUAUAAGACACAGUAGUUUUCAACUGUAUAUAGUGGCCAGUUUUCUUCAUUUUUACUUUGUUAUCUGUGUUAUAGCUCAAUAUGGAUUUGUGUUUAUACAGAUUUUAUUUGUAUGAUUUCCUGUUAAAACUCAUAUCUAUGUGCAUGCUUAUGUGAAAAAAGAGGCACUAUGAGUUUGAUACCUUUCUAAAUUAAAAACAAAUAGAACAGUGCUUUCAAUGUUUUGCUAAAUAUGUUCAUUCCUUUUAACAACGUUGAGUGUCCCUUAAGCUUGUGUGUUUUUCACUACUCAUGCUUUGGUGAAACCUUUAUCUAACAGAAUAGGACAGUGAUGAAUGUUGCGAGACUUUUUUUCUCAUUUUUUCCUGCCUAAUCUGUCUCAGGAACUGUAUUAAACCAUUCCAGAGAGAAAACUUCUGAAUUUCUGUUAAAGAAGUAGUUUGAUUCAAUGGGAUAGCAAAAAUUGAAUGAAAGGGACUUUCAAAUACUCUUUUCAUGUUUUUAAAUUGCCCUGAUGAGACCAACCACUCUACGCUCCCACCAAGCAGGUGAAAACUACAGCUUUCAGUGCCCAGGACCUUUAGAUAGACUCUUGGGUGUCCCUUGGCAGAGCAGCCCCUCCCUUAGCUUGUCCCCGCUCCCUGCUUACUCCAGGGUUGAGUGUGUCUAUAUUUCAGUGUAGAUUUCAUAGUUAGCACUUAAUAGAUCAAUUAGAAUUGUCGAUUCAAUCAAAAUUAUCUUAGUAGCUCUCCAUAUUACGUGUCUAUUCUAUUCUGUAAAUAGUGUGCAUAGCUCAGUGUAGAUUUCAUAGUUAGCAUUUAAUAGAUCAAUUAGAAUUGUCCAUUGAAUCAAAGUUAUCUUCGUAGUUUUCCAUAUUACAUGUCUAUUCUAUUACCUACAUAUAACUAGUUCUAGGCUCUAAAACUCUUCUUUUAAGGUCUCAUUUUAAAAUGAUAUUCCCAGAGUUAUAACUCCCUUUUCAAUUUAGCAUUACAAAUAAUAUUUUUAUUCCUUACACUGUGACAGGUGUUGCAAUGAGGUAUAAGUCAGAGAACUGAAACCAAGGUAGUUUAUAAACACAGUGGAGCAAAUUUAGAUUAAUGUAUUAAUGUAUCAUUUUCUGAAAUGAUCUAUAAAUAGCAAAUGUCCCUUUUUUGGUUAAUAUAUUUUAUGUAAAAUACGUUUGUUAAAUAUGUUUUGCUCAUUUCAUCAAAUGAGAAAUAGGAUAAUAUAAACAUUCUUAGUGAAAUAAACAUCCUUAUUUAUUUAUGCUCUCUUA